AUUCCUUUCCCUCUCACCGCAUACACCACAUCCAUCGCCUUAAUCAUCAUCAUCAUCAUCAUCGCGUCAUCAGCGGGCAUGUCCAACCUGACCGGCCGCCGCUUAUGAGGCCUCGAUCGGCGAAAGCAGUCACGAAUUCCUGGGCGCUGAGGGCUGGUGGAAGAAAGAGGAAAUGCGGGAACCUUUCUUGCUUCUCCGAAGAAAAAAAAAGCACGCAGAAAGUGUUGAAGCAGAUAGCACUGUUUGUGCAAGCAAUGAAAAUCACAUCAGUCUGGAGAUAUAAGUUAAUCCUUCUCAACGAUCGCCCGUGGGCUUCUAAUGUGAGGAAAUCAAGAACAUUUCAGGGCGGGAGGGUCUUUGUGGGACUCUGCGGAAUCGCACAGGGUGUGUGCUGGCUGAUGGCGGUUCAUUGAGCGAUGGAUACUUGCGAUCUAGGAGCUUGCUCGCUCGGCAUUGGAGUCGGUGAAAACUUUACAACGGACGCUUGCCCGAAGGAGAGCUUGUUUCACGAGCCCUCCACCUCUCCACGUAACA